GUCAGAAACAUUGUGUAAUAGACGAGAUAUCGACGAUAACUAUUAAAAUAAAAUAACAAAAGAAUACAAGGCAAAACAAAAUUCUUCUCCUUGAGAUCUAAACUCUAAUCUAAUCACCAAUGAAAAACGAAUGAUAAGUUGAUGACCAUCUUGGAGAUAGCAAGAACUAAGAGGCUUAAAUUAAAAACAUGAAUAUGCUCAGAGAAAGAAGACACAGUUCAGUGAGAAUGGCUACACUACUAAGCUCAAAUUGUUAUAGUGAUAAUCAUGGGGUCCUACUUCUCCUUCUUUUGUUACUACUACAGAUUUCAUCUCAACUUGCAAACUGUGGCAGCAUAGUGAAGUUCCUUCCAGGGUUCCAGGGACCCCUUCCUUUUGUUCUUGAAACUGGGUAUAUAGGUGUGGGUGAAAAUGAAGAUGUGCAGGCUUUCUACUAUUUCGUCGAGUCAGAGAACAAUCCUAAGGUGGAUCCUCUCAUGUUGUGGCUCACCGGUGGUCCUGGAUGCUCUGCUUUCUCUGGCCUUGUCUUUGAAAUUGGACCACUUGGAUUUCAAAAUGAGGAAUAUAAUGGGAGCUUGCCAAAUUUGGUCUAUAGGCCAUACUCAUGGACAAAGACAAGUAGCAUUAUAUUUGUAGAUUUACCUGUUAAUACAGGCUUCACAUAUGCCAGAUCAGAAUCUGUCACAGCGCGAAGCGACUCAUUGCUAGUUAACCAAACUCAUCAAUUUCUUAGGAAGUGGCUAACUGAUCAUCCACAAUUUUUCUCAAAUGAAUUUUUCGUCGGAGGCGAUUCAUACUCCGGUAUUCCUAUUCCAGUAAUUGUUGAUGAAAUUUCACGAGAAAAUGAAGAAGGAGUUCAACCUUGGAUAAAUCUUCAGGGGUACCUUCUGGGGAAUGCUGCAACAACCCGAGUUGAGAAAAACUAUCAAAUCCCAUUUGCUCAUGGAAUGGGACUAAUUUCUGAUGAACUAUACCAGUCACUGCAAACAAAUUGUAGAGGAGAAUAUAUAAAAGUAGACACUAGAAGUGCAUUAUGUUCAAGAGAUCUCAAGUCCUUUGAUGAGAUGACAUCAGGACUCAAUAAAGCCCAUAUUUUGGAACCUUCAUGUGAAUUUGGUUCACCUAAACCAUUGAAGGCUUCUUGGAGGCGAUCUAUAACCGAAAACUAUCCUUUGAAGUUCGUCAGCAACACUCGUCUCAGAUUACCAUCCUUGAACUGCCGGACUUAUGGAUACUUCCUUAGUAGUUAUUGGGCCAAUGAUGACAAAGUACGGAAUGCGCUAAACAUACGAAAGGGAACAAAAAAGAAAUGGCAACGCUGCACCUACAAUAUACCCAACAAGGAGGAUAUCCCUAGCAGCUUUCCAUAUCAUGUAAAGCUCAGCAGAAAAGGCUAUCGUUCGCUGAUAUACAGCGGCGAUCAUGACAUGAAUGUUCCUUUCAUGGCGACUCAAGUGUGGAUAAGAUCGCUAAACUACUCAAUAGUCGAUGAUUGGAGGCCAUGGUAUACAAAUGGCCAAGUUGCAGGAUAUACAAGAACUUACUCCAAUAUGAUGACAUUUGCAACUGUUAAGGGUGGAGGGCACACAGCUCCUGAAUACAAGCCUGAAGAAUGCUUGGACAUGUACAGUAGGUGGAUCUCUAACAGGCCAUUGUAGGAAGAAAGAACAAUUGACAACACAUAUAUAUGAAUAAAUAGUAUAUCCAUUUUCCAUAGCUAUACCACGGAGCAGAUUUCGCUCACCAUAAAACAGUUGAAUCAUCUCUGUAUUCUCAAUAUAUGUAUUGUAGAUGCACAUCUGAUCUUAAGAUUUGGUGUGGAUUAAAAGAGUAAAUAAAAGAGACUUUGAGAUCUCAUGAAUGCUA